CUAUUGUGCGGCCCGAGUACAUCUUGCGUCUCUGAAGCAAGGGUCCUUACCGAGCCCGCUGUGGGGAAUCUAGGCGUGAACCCCAAGAUCGAGAGCCUCACUUCUGCAGUGCAUACCUUGCAGCCCGGUGUGCCGCUGUUGCUGGAAUAGGACGUGCGUGAUCCCGCUAAUCCUAUCGAAAUUACCCGAUCGUCGGCCUUGAUACGCCUUUCAGCACGCACUCAUCUCGUCUAGAUAUUCGCCACAAGCCAGACAAGGAAAGGCGAACAAUGGCGGAUAUCCCGUUGCAAGUCAUCUCCGAGAAUUCGGCCUCUGAAAGGAGAAUCACGCCAUCAUGGUCGAUCAGCCAACUGAAGAGGAAACUUGAACCUGUGACGGGGAUCCCUCCGUCGUCUCAGCGCAUUAGCUUGAAGACUGCCUCCAAGGAAACCAUAGCCGUCGAGGCUGUAGAUGAAGACACAACGGUUCUGUCAAACUUUCCCCUAUCUGCUUAUGCAGAACUGCAUAUCGUUGAUACUCGGCCAGCUAGCGCCAAGCUGAACUUCAAUGAUACCUCCGGGGUUGAGAAAUACAUUAUGCCGGAGGAGGAGUACGAGAAGAAAUCCGAUUCGGUAUUGGCUUGGAAGAAGGCCGAAAGACUUGGUCGCUUCAAUCCUGACGCUCCCAGCCUAGAGAAGGCUAAGAUUGACGGAUUUGCUGCCGAAAUUGGAAGUAGAGGCAUAGAGGUGGGUAAACGGUGCAGAGUCGGCGGCGAUGACUCUCGAAGAGGAGAGGUCAAAUAUGUCGGCGAAGUUAAAGAGAUUCCGGGAUCCAUAGGUGCUUGGAUCGGAGUUCAACUUGAUGAGCCAGUCGGAAAGAACGACGGAAGCAUUAGCGGCACUAGAUAUUGGGGUACCGAAUCGGCACUCAAACAUGGCGUCUUUGUCAGACCAGAAAGAGUCGAAGUAGGCGAGUACCCUGUCCUCGAUGACUUGGAAGACAUGGAAGAAAUAUGACCGGAUGUUUUCAUUUCUCAUAUGGAUAACAUGCGGCAACCACUACCCCCGAGACUGAUUUUGCACUACAAGUACAUGGUUACAUAGAAGCGACAGCGAUUCGCGUAGUUUAGUUUGAGAGAAAAUUGAAUGAGUGACUAAA